AUGCGCACGUCUCGGGUGUCGCGAGAGACUGCGCAAAUCGUCAAUGCCUUAUCAUCAGAGCGCAGGAGGUCUACGCGGCAGUCACUGCAGGCAUUCGCGGACGACAGGGCUGGUGCAGAAGGCCAGGAGGUUGAAGAGAAGGUAGCUCCAGAUGCUGUUAUACGACAGGAUGAUGAUGACAGUUCAUCGCUGAGCUCGUUGGGCUCACUUGGGAAGCGCAAACGCGAGGAUGAUACAAGUACGCCGCGGAAGGCCGCAGUCCUCGAGGCCACGACCGUCCGUCGCGCUCCUCGCAAAGCGCUUAAGACAGAAGAUGCAGAAUACAAUCAGGACAACACAGCCUUCCCUCGCAAGCCUCGACGACAGCCUGCGCAGCAUAUCAAGGGUCCAAAUGGUGCUGUGACGGUUGAGCCCCCACCGAACUGGGCAGAGGUCUACAACAUUACAGCCGCUAUGCGUAAGCGCAUCAUCGCCCCAGUGGACACCAUGGGCUGCGAGAGCCUUGCUGAAGAGCAUCGCUCUCCUCGCGACCAACGUCUCCAGACACUCGUUAGCUUGAUGCUCAGUUCGCAGACCAAAGACACCGUCACAGCAGCCGCCAUGAAGAACUUGCAAGAGAACAUGCCAGGCGGCUUCACCCUCGAAUCCCUUAUCGCCGUGGAGCCAGCAGUUUUGAACGAAUUGAUAGGCAAAGUAGGCUUCCACAACAACAAGACAAAGUACCUCAAAGCCACUGCCACCAUCCUCCGCUACAAGCACAACGACGACAUCCCCUCCACCAUCGAGGGCCUAGUAUCUCUCCCUGGCGUCGGUCCGAAGAUGGCUUACCUCUGCAUGAGCGCUGCCUGGGGCCGGACUGAAGGUAUUGGUGUGGAUGUGCAUGUUCAUCGGAUCACGAAUUUGUGGGGUUGGCACAAGACUGCUACACCGGAGCAGACGAGAGCAGAACUGGAGGCGUGGCUGCCGAGGGAGAAGUGGCAUGAGAUCAAUCACUUGUUGGUUGGGUUGGGCCAGACGGUGUGUCUGCCGGUCGGCAGGAGGUGUGGCGACUGUGAUCUGGCGGAGAAGGGGCUCUGUCCGGGGGCGGAGGUGAGGAAGGGGUCGCCGAGGAAGAAGGUGAAGCGAGAGCUUGAGGUGAAGGUCGAAGAUGGAGAAGUGGCUACGAAGAGUGAGGAAGUGAAAGUGGAAGCAGACGAUGUCGCUGUCAAGGUGGAGGCGGAGUCGGGAGACCUGGGACACGUGGAGGUGCAAGCUGCGGCAGGCGCGACAGCUGAUAUUGAGGAUGCUGUCAAGUAG